CACUUGCCGGAAACAAGCAACAGCACAGCAACUCAUAUGUUUCACAACCUUCUUAAAAUUCAACCAGCCAUCUUUUGUGAAAAAUCAUUUGUUUCGUGUCGUCAGGGUAAAUUUCACAAUUGUAAUUAAUGUCAGAACCACAGUCUUCGCUUUUAUUAAAAAAGCAACUAGCAGAACUUAACAAAAAUCCAGUGGAAGGAUUUUCUGCUGGAUUGAUUGACGACAAUGAUAUUUACAGAUGGGAAGUCCUCAUUAUUGGGCCUCCAGACACAUUAUAUGAGGGUGGAUUUUUCAAAGCUCACUUACAUUUUCCAAAAGAGUACCCUCUGAGGCCACCACGGAUGAAAUUUGUCACUGAAAUAUGGCACCCAAAUAUUGAAAAAAAUGGUGAUGUAUGCAUAUCAAUACUACAUGAACCUGGAGAUGAUAAAUGGGGUUAUGAGAAGGCUUCGGAACGGUGGCUGCCUGUGCAUACAGUGGAGACAAUUCUUAUCAGUGUUAUUUCCAUGUUGGCGGACCCAAAUGAUGAAAGCCCCGCAAAUGUAGAUGCAGCAAAAGAAUGGAGGGAAUCAUAUACGGAGUUUAAAAGGAAAGUAGCACAGUGUGUGAGAAAGAGCCAAGAGGAUUGUUCCUAAGUAACAGUGCCCUUUUUCAUUGAUUUAGUUGGAUAGUGAGUGUUUUGUGAUUGAGUUGAAACGUUGUUGAGAGAAGGCCCCCGAGUGAUUCCUAGUGCAGGCCACUCCACCUGGCCCAGAGACUAUAUUGAAAUUGAUUUAAAAUAAAUACUUAUUGUAAUUAAAUGGUAUCGCUGCCGUAUUUUAUAAAUAAUAAAAAUAGAAUUCAAGGUCUUUUUCAUCUUUUUUAAGACACGUUAGCUAGCUAUUGUUAUAAUAAUGAAAUGUGUAUGGUAAUUUUUUAUAGAAAACAAAUCUGCAUUUUUUUCUUUUUACUUCUUAUUAUUGUUAGUUUUUGAUCUCUGUAUAAUAUAGUAUAAAACCAAAUCUGAAAUAAUUUAAAAACAAUUAUUAUAAUAUUUAUUAUUAUCUCAAUUGUAUUAAGAAUGAAGAAUUCACAAUCACAUUGAUUAUAGUAAAAUUGUAAAAGGUAUUUGAAAUGUAAAUUAUUAGUUACCGGAACAAGCGAUGGAUACACAUUGGUUGCUUCUUCAUGCCACAGUUAUAAUUGUAGUGCUAAUUAUAGUAGUAAAUUGAAUACCUAUUAAUUAUAAUUUUUAUACAUAAAACCAAUUUUAUUAAGAUAGUAUCAACUCCACCUAUAGAUCACUUUAUCUAUAUUUUAGAGAUGAAUAUAUACCUGUUAGCUUAUAUUGACAUAAACUCUGUGAAAGUGCCCAUUUAUUACGAGUGUUAGGAAAAUAAAAUGGGGCUAACAAGAUGUGUUAUAUCACUUUGCCCUGAUUAUAUAUAAAUGUACCAUAAUUGUAUAGAAUGAGAAAUGAUUAACAAUAUACUGUUAUGUUUGCUCAUUAUUUGUGAAUUAAAUAGUAAAAUCAGAUAUUUUUGAUUAUUAGCAUAUAAUAUGAAUGCUAAUAUUUGAUUGUAAUUUUGUUUUGUUCUGAAGUAUUAUUUUAUUAUCGAUGCGACCUAAAUUAUUGUUACCAGUCCAGCAUAAUGUAGUAAUGAAUGUUAAACCCCACCAUCAUACAUCAUCGAACACUGGUUUUGUGACAUGUAUAAAUAUUUUUUAACAGUGUAUGUAUAUUUUUUGCUAUAAAAUUAUAAUGCAGUGAUAA